AUGGCACUACCGAGAGAUCUAUCAAUAGGAUUUUCUCCCCAAGAGAUACAGUUUUUAAUUGAAAAUGAACCGACACGAAUUAUGCCCAGAAUCACUACGAGGAAGACCAAAAAACAGCUCGCGAAGGAUCCUGGCGCCCAAUGGUCACUGAUCACAUGCGAUGAUUCUACGGUAAAUAACAUGGUUGCAAUGAAUAGUUGCGAAGUCACGUUAUGGCUGGCUUUACUGUUAAAACAACAGGGAAAGUGUAACGUCGUGGUACCCAGUUGGCUGACGUUACAACAGCUGGAGAAGUAUUUAGAUUUUGAAUUGAAAAACCCAUCACGAUUCUCCAAUCUACCCUGGAAUUGGCUAGUGGUAUCGUCACUGCUGUUUGCCAGAUGCAGCGAUGAUUUUCAGGAUCCAGUUCAUCUACUGAGAUCUAAGGUCCAAGAUCUGCGAGAAGUUCGUUUGGGAAAAGUCAACAAGGGUUUGCAGUACCUGAACGAAUCGCAUUUACAGCUAGAGAACUUGUCCUUGAUGGAAAUCAAUGAGAUGAGACCCUAUGCGUGUGGUAUCAUGGACAAACUGAGGACAAUUCAUGACUCCAGUAAUGACACCACGUGA